UCUGUGUGUUUAUUUUGGUUGUUAUUAGUUGAUGUUUAUGAAAGUUUUGAGUCUCCGUGACAGUUUCCGGUUGACCGUCAGAGAGGUCAAAGGUCACCGGAACCCGGAACAACAACAGCAGCCGGUAACCGUUAACGGGUUCAUGAUGUUCUCCGGUUCACCGAGCAGAACCGGAACCGGGCUGCUGGUCCUGGCUCUGACCCGGCUGGUCUCCUCUCUGUCGGUUCCGCUCAUCGCCGGUUACUUCGGGACUAAGACCCGGUACCAGGAGGUGAACCCGGUUCUGCUGCUGGACGGGCUGACGGUGAACCGGACCGUGCUCAGACCACCGGGCUCAGAGAGCUGCGAGCCGGUCCACCUCACCGCCGUCAUCAGGCACGGAGCCCGGUACCCGACCCACCAGAACAUCCUCAAGAUCCGGACGCUCAGCGAGCUGGUCCGGAGGGAGGAGACCGGGACCGGGACCGGGACCGGGACCACCGGGAGCUCCUCCAGCAGAACCUCCAGCUGGCUGCAGGACAUCCAGAACCGCUGGGAGAUGUGGUACACCGACGACAUGGACGGUCAGCUGGUGAUGAAGGGCAGGGAGGACCUCCGUCAGCUGGCGAGACGUCUGUCCGUCUUGUUCCCGUCUCUCCUGUCGGAGGACAACAGGAGGAGGAUCAGUCUGAGGAGCAGCUCCAAGCAUCGCUGUGUGAGCAGCGUGGAGGCCUUUCAGGACGGACUGCAGCAGCACUGGAGACGGACAGGUGAGGCAGGACAGGUGGGACGCUCAGACGUGCAGUACAGCCACCAGGUGGACGACGAGCUGAUGCGGUUCUUUGAGCAUUGCCGUGGUUACGUGGAGGGCGUGGAGAAGAACCGGACGGCGCUCCUGGAGGUGGAGAAGUUCCAACACGGAGAGGAGAUGGAGGCCGUGAGGAAGAGGAUGGCCGAGAAACUGGGUCUUCAUCAGCAGCAACUCACACCGGAUCUGGUUGAAGCAGCGUUCUUCUUGUGUUCCUACGAGCUCUCCAUCAAGUCUCUGAACUCUCCCUGGUGUUUCCUGUUUGAUGAGGACGACGCCAAGGUGUUGGAGUACAAGUCGGACCUGAAGCAGUACUGGAAGCGCUCUCACGGUCAUUCCAUCAGCAGUCUGUCCAGCUGUCCUCUGUUUCAUCACAUCUUCAGGACGCUCGACAAAGCAGGACGUCCCCGCAGGUCCACGGACGCGUCACCUGAGCCGGCCUCCAUCCUGGUGGGUCACGCCGAGACGCUCCUCCCCCUUCUCUCCCUCCUGGGACUCUACAAGGACCAGACUCCGCCCACCGCCGACAACUACCACACACAGCACGGUAGAAGCUUCCGGUCCAGUCUCAUCGUCCCAUACGCCGCCAACCUGCUCUUCGUCCUGUACGACUGCCAGCGAGGUCCGCGGCUGCAGCUGCUCGUCAACGAGUCUCCGGUUCGAUUCCCGGGGCUGACGGAGGACACGCCGCUGUACCGGGACGUCCGGGCCACGUACCGCCACCUGCUGGACGGCUGCGACUUCCACAGGGAGUGUGAGGGGAGGACCGGAGGUCGCGGACCAAACACAGAACUCUGAGUGAACCAGAACCAGGUACUCCGGUCCGGUCUAGAGGAACCAGGUACUCCGGUCCGGUCUAGAGGGACCAGGUUCUCCAGUCCGGUCUAGAGGAACCAGGUACUCCAGUCCGGUCUAGAGGGACCAGGUUCUCCGGUCCGGUCUAGAGGAACCAGGUUCUCCGGUCCGGUCUAGAGGGACCAGGUUCUCCAGUCCGGUCUAGAGGGACCAGGUUCUCCAGUCCGGUCUAGAGGAACCAGGUUCUCCAGUAAAGACAUGAAGCCUUAAUGGAUAUGAGCCUCUGGGUCACAUGACCUUCAGCGCCCCCUGCUGGUGAACUGAUGUGAAACAUGUCUUUAGAUCUGCUUUAAUGUGACGUUCUGAGUUCUUCUGAGACGAGUUUAAAGGGAGUGGUGACGCGUCUCAGAGGAACAUCAGCAGGUCCUUAGUUGAUGAUAAUGUUUUGAUCCCGUUAGAGUUGCUCCAUGAAUCACACCGAUGAUGUUUGAACAUUUAAAAGAUCAUUUAUCAAAUCCACAAAGUCUGUUUCGUUUAGUUUAGUGUGAAGCGCUCAGUCACCAACACUAGCUAGCUAACUCCUAACCUGAACCUUUAACUUCUAAACCUGAACCUUUAACUUCUAAACCUGAACCUUUGACCUCUAAACCUGAACCUUUAACUUCUAAACCUGAACCUUUGACCUCUAAACCUGAACCUUUAACUUCUAAACCUGAACCUUUAACCUAUAAUCCUGAACCUUUAACCUCUAAACCUGAACCUUUAACUUCUAAACCUGAACCUUUAACUUCUAAACCUGAACCUUUAACCUCUAAACCUGAACCUUUAACUUCUAAACCUGAACCUUUAACUUCUAAACCUGAACCUUUGACCUCUAAACCUGAACCUUUAACCUCUAAACCUGAACCUUUAACCUUUAAACCUGAACCUUUAACCUCUAAUCCUGAACCUUUAACCUCUAAUCCCGAACCUUUAACCUCUAAUUCUGAACCUUUAACCUCUAAUCCUGAACCUUUAACCUCUAAACCCGAACCUUUAACCUCUAAUCCUGAACCUUUAACCUCUAAACCCGAACCUUUAACCUCUAAUCCUGAACCUUUAACUCUUAAAGCUUUAUGAAUACGUCCCCAGGUGUCUUUAUUUAAAGAAAAGUAGAUCUGUGUCAGCUGAACUUGUUCUGGGUGUUUUAUUUUGGUGAACUGAGCCUUUAAAGGGUUAACCAGAGUCAGUCGGGGAGAUGAUGGUUUUUUCUUCAGGAUUUAAUUUGCUUUAAGUUCUUUAUUUAUUUAUUCAGCUUCGCUAAGCUUCCUCACAUGUCAGUCUUUUCACAAUAAGAGUCCCUUUAAGGAGAUGAUGAGGUGAAUGAUUCUUAUUGUCCUUGUCGUGUAGUUUGGAGGUCGUUGUGCCUAAACCAGUCUAAAGCUUAGAAUCAGCCGGUGUCAGGGUGGUCUCGGUGCUUCUGCUUCUUUGUUGGACUUCCUGGUGGACUUCCUGUUGCAGAAUGAUGGAUGCCAAAUGUUUUAAACUGAAAAGCUUUAAUAAACGUUUUUCACAGAUGAA